GCUUCCUCUCCUCGCUGCAAAACCUAGAGAGACAGAGAGAGUGGGAAGAGAGAGAAAGAGAAGAGCAAGGAAUUCAUCGACGAGGGCCGCUCAUCUCCGAUCCGAGUCGCGCGAUCAUCGAUCGAUUUGAUCGAAGCUCUGCAGCGAUUCAUCGGUAGAUCGCGAGUUGCGAUCGGGAUUUCGCCGCGAGGCCCCCGCGCGCGAUUGGAUCUGGGAUCGGUUUCGAGGGCGGCGUAGGAAGGAGGAAGGAGGAAAAAUGGUGAAGCUCACGCUGAUCGCCCGUGUCACCGAUGGCCUCCCCCUCGCCGAGGGACUCGACGACGGCCGCGACAUGAAGGACGCGGAAUUCUACAAGCAGCAAGUCAAGGCCCUGUUCAAGAAUCUCUCCAAGGGCCAGAACGAGCCCUCCAGAAUGUCGGUCGAAACCGGCCCUUACUUCUUCCACUACAUCAUCGAAGGGCGCGUCUGUUACUUGACCAUGUGCGACCGUGCUUACCCCAAGAAGCUCGCGUUCCAGUACCUGGAGGAUCUCAAGAACGAGUUCGAGCGCGUGAAUGGAGCUCAGAUCGAAACCGCGGCUAGGCCGUAUGCUUUCAUCAAAUUCGAUACGUUUAUACAGAAAACAAAGAAACUGUAUCAGGACACUCGGACCCAGAGGAACAUUUCAAAGUUGAAUGAUGAGCUUUAUGAGGUCCACCAGAUUAUGACACGCAAUGUCCAAGAGGUACUUGGUGUCGGCGAAAAAUUGGACCAGGUCAGUGAAAUGUCUAGUCGGUUAACAUCAGAAUCUCGCAUAUAUGCCGACAAAGCCAGAGACUUGAAUCGACAGGCGUUAAUUCGGAAAUGGGCCCCAGUUGCCAUUGUUCUGGGAGUGGUCUUCCUUCUCUUCUGGGUCAAAUCAAAGAUAUGGUGAUGUGAUUGCCUUGCCUGUACUUCUGCUCUACUGCAAUGGGCUGCUGUGUUGCUGAGAUAUUCAUUCUCGACGAUUUUAUAUGGGCACAGGAUUUUUACAGAGAAUCAUAUGUGUUCAAAAGAUAGUGUAGUUUUUCUAAUUGCAUUUUGUAAUGGAUGCUUCAUUCCUUAUGGAGACGUGGCAAUAGAUUUGCCAUGGUAAGUAGUGAAUGGAGAACCCUCCCUUACGACCGGGGCAAGAUCUAAAUCUUAUUGUUGACAACUAGUAGAGUGUUUUCCGUACAGGAGGCCGCACAUAACUUUUGUUCAUCUAUACCUAUUAUCAGCUCUUAUAGUACUGUUGGCUACAGCUUUAUCAGAUUAAGAUUAUAUUAGGUUUCAUGCA